ACAAGAAGCGGGCCCUGGUGAAGUCUCCGAUCAGAGAAUAGCGAAAGACAACAUACAAAUUCACCGCUGUCUUUUCAGAUGGACUAAAACUACCAUUUGGGUUGCGUUUUGUUGAGCGUUUUUUAAUAAACUGUAUGCGUGUGGAGGUAGUUUGGGUGCCGGUAUCAACAGUUAAUCAAGGUCCAUCUAUACCUAUCGUUUUGGCUAGGAACGUUAGACGCGUGUUAAGACUGGGUUAGCUCAUUACCUCGAUUGUAGUUGAACUUAGAAACAUGAAGCCGUUCAAACCGGUUAUCCUGAAAACGUACGGUAGACAAAUGCGAAAGGUUUCUGCGUGGAUUUCACCUGAAAAUCGUAAGCGGGUCUUUGAUAGCAGCACGUCAACAGACGACAUGUCUGUAUUUGAACCCCCAAAACGUAAAAGAGGGAAGAGCUCUGUGGCUAGUGGCUGUAGAGUGUCUCGUCUUGCCAAGAAAAAAGCCAUGCUAUAUCUGACUGAGAAGCAUAGUGUUAUAGAAAACAUGAGUGAUGAGGAGAAUAUCAUCCCUUCUCCAUCCAAACCACUACCUGCUGCACAAAGCAGGGCAACCAAGGCAAAGAAAACUAGUGUUUGCCAAUUUUUCCAUCCUGCCAAGAGAAAGGCCGUAUUGUGCCUGACAACGUCCAGCUGCAAUGAGGACAACAUCAUGAAGCCCUCUUCUCCCCAGCGGCAAAAGAUGACCAAGAAAAGCCUGCUUGUGUCUGAACCAGUUCUUAAAAGGAUGAGAGGCCAGGGGGUUGCUGUCCCCAGUGAAAGUGAGGAGGAAGAAACAUCAGCACUAAAAGACCAAAAAGUCUCGGCUAAAAAGAAAGAAGACUCUAAUGUUCAUGUCCCAUCUUCCGGCCGCUUUGUAACCCGUCGCAGACGUGCAGCACCCGCCAAACUCCAUAAAGCCAUAGCAAGUAUACUCCACUCUUCGGAUGAAUUUACCUCUGGAGAAUUUCGCUCCAGCAGGAUUCACCGGCCCUUGAGGAGAAGGAGGGUCCCUCCAGCAUUUGGGCUGUCCAGUUCACAGAGCUUGGUUAACUCUACCGGGAUUUCCAGCUUCUCUACCGACCCCUUCCAAGUGAUGUCCUUCAACGAGUCAGCAGAUGACAUUCUCGGACCCUGCCCCAGUAAACCCAUCUUCUGUUCCACGCCCUCAGCAGGACCCUUCAGUAAACAAGGACAAAUUAAAAUCUGUCCCACCCACGAUGAGGUCACCACUCCUCCAUCAUGUAUAGGUGUUUUGAACACCUUUCAAGAAAACCUGGUUUCACUGCAGCAGUCCAAAUCAGCCUGUAAACUCAAUUCUGAGGAGAGGCUGCAGAGAACAGCGAGCGUGCAUCACAAUGAAGACCUCUCUUUUGAUUUAUUUACAGAGCCCAAGAGAGGUAGCUGCAGUGGAGACUCUGAGAAUAAGAACAGGAAGGAAUUACCCACCACAACUGUGCUGUCUGCAGACGACGAAAGCAGCAGUAAUUUUGUGUCGACAGCAGGAAGUUUAGAGUUGCUAAGAGAGGCUCUAAAGGAGGAAUGCUUGAGCCAUCGCAGCACAGUUCAGUUGAGGAGAUUAGACCACACCACUUUGAUGCAGCUUUGCAGUCAAACAACCUACUUAUCCUGUUUGGAGUUUUCAAGCUCUGGAAACUGGAAAAUUAUAGACCCCGUGGAUGAGAGUCAAAGUGUUGUUUUCGUCCUAUCUUCAGAAAAAUCAUUUAAUCAUCAAAUUUCUGUGGCAAACAAUAAAAGCGAUUAUUCACAAGCUUCAGUGGCUGACAGAGCAGACGUUUCAGCAUCAGCUGACUGUAAGCAGUCAGCCAAACACUUUAAAAUAGAAGCACCUGCGGAGGAGUCUGAAUCAGAUAUUUGUGAUGGCUCCACCCACCAAACAGACCAGAGCUGUGAUGUUAUCAUGAGAGCACAAUUAUCUGUUAGUAGCAGUGAGGUAACAGGGUUUUCUGAAGAUGAAGCUAAAAUAAUAAAGGGGAAAAAAUGCAGAGUUCAGUUACAGAGAUUGUCUUCCUCUCAAAUUACAGCUCAGUACUUAAAAGAGGGAUGUGUAGCUUGUCACGAUAAGUCUGUUGAUCAAAAAAGUAGCCAGAAUGAAAAGAAAUAUGUCAGAUGUUCAGGAGGAUCUACAAAGACCGUGACGACAUCCCUGGAAGAGUCAAAAACCAACAAGAGUCCACUGGCCAAGACAAAGUCCACUGAUCCAGAUGAAACGGCAGCUCUCACCUUAAUACUGAAGGAGAAAUGUUUGACAGACAAACUUAUUGUACAAGCAAAGAAGAAAACUCUGUCACAACUGAAAGAAGUUCUGAAGCCCAAAGAUGCUUCACUGAAAUCAUCUACAGACGUGUCAGACUCAGCCAGCGAUGACGUAAGGAUGACUGGCCGUCUGUCUGAGAGUGACUGCAGCGAAAACGAAGCCUCAUUGAAAGUUGGCGACUCAGUUAGUUCAGAGAGUAAAAUAAGCUCUGGCACUGAAGUUGAGAAAAACUCCCAAAUAGCUGUCCCCACAAGAAAAAACCUGUCUCUUGCUCCUAAAGAAAAGAAAAGAAGGAGCUCCUUUGCAGAUCGAUCUGGGACUACAAGGAAGGUAUGCGUGAGCGGGAUAAGCACGAGUCGAUGGAAGAACAAAGGUGGCGAUGCAUUCUGGAACAGGACAGCGCAGAUGGGUGGCGCUAAGGCUGCGGACUGCAGCAUCAGCGAGCUGAUGUCAAAACAGCCAGCGGAGUUGGCAGGACCUACAAUGAAUUUCUUGACCCCAGUCAGAGUGAAUCGGCUCAACAUGUCAUCUCUGUUGGCUAAUCUCUCACCCAACACACACACCUGGAGCCGACUCAAAGCUGCCCUCUCUGUUCACCGCAAGGGGAUGGUGCAACUAACUCCAAGGAAUUUAAACCUGUCAGCACAAACUUCUCCCAGAAGGCCGAAGUUAAUAGAUCUCAGCAGGGAUCUCUUUUCCUCGCCAAGCCGCACACCACUUUCCCAAAAUUUCAAGUCACAGCUGCUGAGCCAAUACUCCUUGUCUGCAGAUGUGUGUGAAGAGCCAGAUCUGUCUGAUGCAGAGAAGGUGUAUGCCGAGUGCGGCCAGCAGCACCCUCUGCCAUGGGAAGAGUGUAUUCCCCAUCAUCGUAUGAAACAGUGCGCGAAGAUCGGAGAGGGGACCUUCGGUGAGGUCUUCUCCACCACUAAGGCAGCUGGAGAAAUGGUGGCACUCAAAGUUAUUCCAGUAGAGGGCACUGAGAAGGUGAAUGGAGAGGAUCAGAAAACCUUUGGAGAGAUUCUUCAUGAGAUUAUUAUCUCAAAGGAGCUGAGCAGCCUAAAAGAGAAGCAGCAGAACCAGACUCAAGGUUUUAUUGGACUCAUUGACCUCCACUGCGUUCAAGGCUGCUAUCCACCAGAUUUUCUGAACGCUUGGGACACAUUUGAUCAAAGCAAAGUCUCUGAGAAUGACAGGCCAGAUUUCUUUAAAAAAGAUCAGUUGUUCAUAAUUCUGGAGUUUGAGUUUGGAGGGGUUGACUUGGAGAACAGCAAUGGAACGUUGGCAUCUUUAGGGGUGGCGAAGAGCAUCCUUCAUCAGGUCACUGCUGCCUUGGCUGUUGCUGAGCAGGAGCUCCGCUUUGAACACAGGGACCUCCACUGGGGUAACGUGUUGGUGAAAACAACCACGCAGAAGACGGGCAGCUUUCUUCUCAAUGGAACGGUUCACAGUGUGGCAACUAAAGGGGUGCUGGUCCGCAUCAUUGACUAUUCUAUCUCUAGGCUGGAAAUUGAUGAUCUGACGGUGUCCUGUGAUAUUUCAAACGAUGAAGAGCUUUUCAUGGGCCAGGGAGACUACCAGUUUGAUAUGUACCGGCUGAUGAGACAGGAGAACGGAAACAACUGGAGCAAUUACCACCCCCAUACUAAUGUGCUGUGGCUGCACUACCUGUGCUCAAAGCUGCUUUCCAUGAAGUACCGGGGAAAGGGAGGGAGGAUCUGCAAGAACAUGCGAGAAGAGCUCACUUGUUUCUAUGACAACGUUCUCCAGUACAGCUCUGCCACAGAGGCACUGCAAAACUGCCCCAUGUUUCAGUAAUAUGUGAGCCCUGAAUUCAUUCAACAUGUAAGGAAGCUCACACUCAGGACUGUUUUGUUUUUUUGUUUGUAUGUAUGUAAAACCACAUUUUGUUUAGCGACACCUGCUCUUUUACUAUGCUUAAUAUGUUUACAAGUCCCUGUUUAGUUUGUCAUCUUGGUAAUAGUGGGUCUGCACCGUUUACUACCUGGGCAACCGAGGGUCUAGCUGCGUGGGCAGAGUUUUUUACGCCAUUUAACGGGGCGAUCAGUCAGGACAUCAACUGGAUGACCUACUCGGCUUGUUCAGUAAGAAUGCCCUUAUUAAAUACAUGGGUGCAACAAACAAAUCAGAGGGGGUUUGCAGACACAAUUAGAAAUUUUUUUCAACUUGAUAAACGAUGUUGAUGUGUGGCCUUUAUGUUCAGUAGAUAACCACGCAUUAAAAUGGUUCCUCAAAC